AUGUUAUUCCGAACCCAGAAUACCUCCGACCCAGUUCCUCAAGCUCGACUGGACGCGGAAACCAGCAUCGAAACGAAAUACGAGGAACUAGAAGAACUGAACGUCAAGGGCAAGUCACGUGAUGCUUUCGGAAUAAUCCGGGAUAUCACUGGAAAGGUAAAGGCCAGGUGCGACUCUAAUAAAUCAGCGACUGGGAAAACACUUACAGGGAAAUCCGAAGUGAAGGCCCGAUGGAAGGGAUAUACUGAACAAUUGUACAAAAAGGACACCAGAGUAAUCUCUUCGUUUUACGUCAAGGAAAGUUUCGAAAGCGAACCCGAUGUAUUGGAAUCCGAAGUAAAGAAGGCCAUUAAAAGUCUGGCCAACGGCAAAUCUGCAGGAGCGGAUAACAUUCCCAUUGAGCUGCUCAAAGCGGCUAGCAAAAGUGUGAUGAAGACAAGUACGAAGCUGUGCAACGCAAUCUGGAAAGCUCAAAAGUGGCCACAAGACUGGAAGACCAGUAUCUGCAUCCCGCUCCCACGAAAAAAGGCGACAAGAAGUUGUCUUCCGGAGGAGCAAGCAGGCUUCAGGACCAACAGAGGAACCCGCGAUCACAUAGCAAACCACCGCAGAAUUUUAGAGAAGUGUCAAGAGCAUCAUCAGACAGCACACAUUUGCGUCAUUAACUACAGCAAAGCCUUCGACUGCGCUGACCAUGCCAAGUUAUGGUGCACCUUAAAAGAGAUGGGUGUGCCUGAUCACCUCAUCGCUCUGCUCAACAGCCUUUACACCGAACAAAUAGCAACCAUCAAAACUGAAGUUGGCGAAACUGAUAAUCUGAAAAUCGAGAAAGGGGUACAAGGCUGUAUUCCUUCUCCGCUACUCUUCAACAUAUAUACAGAAAAAGAUAUGCGCGAAACACUGAGCGAUGAUAACUCCGAAGGCAUUGAAAUCGGUGGACUGCGUAUCUCAAACCUACGAUACGCAGACUACACGACCCUCAUGGGCACAAGUGCUGAUGAGCUAAAGGAGCUUCUUACCAAGGCAAAAACAGCCAGUGUAGCGUCGUAG